UCGGCCCUCCCCUCAUGCCCCGGCCCCGGGGGGCGGCUCCCGCGGGGUUUUCAAGCGACGGCGCUGAGAGAAAAUGGAGGGCCGCGCACGUUGGUGUGCGUUACCUCAGGGCGGAACGGCCGCGGCCUGAGGGAGGAUGAGUGGCGGGCGGCAGCAGACAUUACCUCAAGCUUGGCGGGCGGCGGGCGGGAAAGCAGCGAGCGGGAAGGCGCAGGAGGAAGAAGAGGAAGAGGCAGACGAUGACCUGCUGUUGGUGGCGGCCGCGGCGGCGGCGGAUCCGAGCCCGGCAGCCGCACCCAGCCCGGCAGCGGCGGGUUUCUGUGAGGCGGCGGGGUCCAUUUGGAUCUACCCGACCAACUACCCGGUGCGGGGCUACCAGGUGCGCAUGGCCCGCGCCGCCUUGCUGGGCAACACGCUGGUCUGCCUGCCCACCGGGCUGGGUAAAACCUUCGUGGCCGCCGUCGUCAUGUACAAUUUCUACCGCUGGUUCCCCUCCGGCAAAGUGCUGUUCCUUGCCCCUACCAAGCCGCUGGUAGCUCAGCAGAUGGAGGCCUGCGCCCGCGUUAUGGGCAUCCCGGCCCGACACAUGGCCGAGAUGACAGGGGGAACCCAAGCCCUCAGUCGGAGGGAAUUGUGGGCUACCAAGAGAGUCUUCUUCCUUACACCUCAAAUAAUGGUGAAUGAUCUCUCUCGUGGGACGUGUGCUGCUGUGGAGAUUAAAUGUUUGGUUAUUGAUGAAGCCCACAAGGCCCUUGGAAAUCAUGCCUACUGUCAGGUUGUAAGGGAGCUAAGCAAAUAUUCAAAUCAAUUCCGGAUCUUGGCCCUAAGUGCCACACCAGGCAGUGAUACGAAGGCUGUGCAGCAAGUUAUUUCCAACUUACUCAUUGCUCAGAUAGAGCUAUGUGCUGAAGAUUCUCCAGAAAUUCAGCCUUAUUCUCAUGAGCGACAAGUGGAAAAAAUCGUUGUUCCACUUGGGGAAGAGUUGGUAGAAAUUCAGAAUGCCUACAUCCGGGUGCUAGAAACAUUUGCUGGACGCCUGAUUAAAAUAGGAGUUUUGGCAAGGCGGGAUAUUCCCAGCCUUACAAAGUACCAGGUCAUUCUAGCAAGAGAUCAAUAUAGAAAAAACCCUUCUUCACAAAAUGCAGGAAUACAUCAAGGCAUAAUUGAAGGAGAUUUUGCACUUUGUAUCAGUUUAUAUCAUGGUUAUGAGCUGCUGCUGCAAAUGGGAGUACGGUCAUUAUUUAUCUACCUUUGGGGAAUUAUGGAUGGAUCAAAAGGAGUAACUCGUACAAAGAAUGAACUUGGUCGUAAUGAGGACUUCAUGAAGCUCUAUCAGCAACUUAGAGAUAUGUUUGCAGAUAAUUCUCUGACUUCAGACAAAGGAAAUGUUUACAAGAGUAAAACAGAUAAAAAAGAAUUUAUCUACAGCCAUCCAAAAUUAAAGAAAUUGGAGGAAAUUGUAAUAGAACACUUCAGAUCCUGGAAAACGGGAUGUUCUGAUCAAGUCAUGGCUGAUGGCACAUCUGUGGGCCCUGUGGAUACCAGAGUGAUGAUCUUCUCAUCGUUUCGAGACAGUGUGCAAGAAAUUGCAGAAAUGCUUUCCCGGCUCAGCCCAGUGGUUCAAGUGAUGACAUUUGUUGGCCACUCCACAGGAAAGAGCACAAAGGGCUUCACGCAAAAGGAACAACUUGAGGUGGUCAAACGCUUCCGUGAAGGUGGAUAUAACACCCUGGUCUCUACCUGUGUUGGGGAAGAAGGCUUAGACAUUGGAGAAGUCGAUCUCAUCAUCUGCUUUGACGCUCAGAAGAGCCCCAUUCGGCUGGUGCAGCGGAUGGGCCGGACGGGGCGCAGGCGGCGGGGCAGGAUCGUCGUCAUCCUUGCCGAAGGGCGGGAGGAGCGAACUUACAAUCAAAGCCAGACUAACAAAAGGAGCAUCUACAAAGCUAUUUCAGGAAACAGAAUGCUUCAUUUCUACCAGCAUAGCCCCCGUAUGAUUCCAGAAGGCAUAAAUCCAAAGUUGCAUAAAAUGUUUAUUACUGCUGAAAAAUAUGAACCAAACAAUUCAAGAAUGCUUUCCAAAGAGAGAAAAUCCAGUUUACUCCAGCAUAAAUCUGCUCUCUUUUCCUGUGUCACUGGGAACAAGCAAACAAACUGUCAUGAGAAUUGGUCUCUGUCGCCUGAGGAAUUUGAAGUAUGGGACAGACUUUACAGGAUUAAGGAAAGUGAUGGAAUAAAGGAACCAAUAUUGCCUCAAAUUCACUUUGAAACCUUGGAAAACCUGGAAGAAGUAUCAAAGCACCAAGAGGAGACAACUCGUGAACUUUCCCUAUCUGAGUGGAGAAUUUGGCAGAAUCGUCCUUUUCCUACGGCAAUGGUUGAUCACUCCGAUCGUUGUUACCAUUUCAUCCGUGUGAUGGAAAUGAUAGAACUGAUGAGACAGGAACAGGGAGAUUGCAGCUAUGAACUGGAGAUUCAGCCUCACUUACAUAUUGAAGACAUUAAUGUUCAAAGGAAUAAAAGUCAUCUUUCCAUGACCAGCUCCACGUUGGAUCAGAAAGCACGCUCAUCUAGAAAAGACCUGGCACAUAGAUCACAAGUAAAGCCAUUUUUACCUGAUACAUAUGAUAAUGAGAGUGAAUUCUUCACCACGUUUAAAAUGACAAAACCAAAGGCUCCCAAAGGAGCUUCUGGAUUAAAUUUGGAAGUGCCUGUGCUACCUACAGAUACUAAUGCUUUGGCUUCUCAGUCAGCAAGAAGGUUUGCUCUGGUUGAAAACACUGACCAGGGCAAUCAAAAGGAUGAUGAACUGAAGGUGACCUUUGACUUAAAUGAAUGUAUUGACCUAUGUGACAACAGUGAAAGUACUGAAAUUCAUGAAAGUGCAGCAAUAAAGGAUUACAGAACUGUAGAUAAAGCUUGUAGGUCUGUGGAGAUGGACCACAGGGAUUCUGGUUACAGUAGCUUCACAGCUGAGAAAUCACCUGUGACCUCUGACUUAUUUUACCUUCCUGAACCACACGUGGAUUCAUUUCAUCUUGUGAGACCAUCUGAGGAGCCUUCUUGGUUAAAACAAGCAUUUUCCCAGGUAAAAAGGCUUUUAUCACAAUCUCCUCCCUCUUUGAGUAAACUUUCUGACUUUGAGAACACAAUGAGAAAUGAAGAAACAAAAUGUCCUUUUCAAAAAGUUAGUUCUGACAGUUCUUCAGAGAGACUUCAGAGAGUUUUUCCCACGUCCUCAGAAGUCAGGAACUCACUGCUGCUGUCUGAAAAUCCUGCACUGAAAGUCACCAGUGAAUUGUGUGCUCCUGUAAGUGUCUGUUGCUCAAAAACUCUGUCAUCUUCUGAGACUGUUGCUGUUCGAGCCAAUGAGGAAUUUCACUGGAAUGACAGCUUUGAUAGUCUGUUUGACAAUGAGGAAUUGACUGAAAUUCAAGAGAAAACUCCAAGCAGAAAUCACACUGUGCCAAAUAACACUUCAAAUAAGUAUUUUGUUCAAAAAGGUAAAGGAGAUCUUGAAAUUAACACAGAAAAUGUGAUGUUUGAUGAAGAGAUGAGUAUAAAUUUAUUUGAAGAUGAACACAUCUAUGACACUAAUAAUGGAAGCUUUCCUGUGAGCAGUCAGCAUUUGGUCAGGUCAGAUCCAGGUGAGAGUGUGAACGCUGACAAAGCCCCCAAGGAGCAGCCAGCAGGCAGCACAGCCACAGAGCUGCCAGGGGAUGUUACAGUGAUGGAGCAGCUGCUGGAUGAUGAUGAUCUUUAUGACUGUUCUCAAGAACUAUUUUCUGUUAACUUUGAUCUGGGAUUUUCCAUAGAGGAGUUUGAGGAUGAAAUCUUUGAAGGAAAUACAAAUACUGAUAAUACCAGAAAAAUAAGCGAUGCCUCGGGAAGCCAUGUGGGUGUUAAAUCCACUGAAGAUAUAAAAGAGCUACUGAACAAUGCCUCCAGACUGGAAACAUCAACAAAACAGGAUUGCAGAGGCCUUCAGAGAAGAGAUGUUUCCACACCAUUGCGGUGCCAGAGCAGGAGUAGGCAGGAUGGUGAAGGGGCUGAGGAUGCCACCACUGCAGUGCCCUCCUGGAGCUUGGAGGACAGGAGAGCAACCAGGACACUGCUGGAGCCUUCCGCUGCUGCACUUUCUACCCCACGUAGAAAAGUUACCAAUAUUGAAGCUAUCAGAAGAAUUCCUAUGAGUGGCUUUUGUAGUGCCAGGGAGGAGAUUCCAGAUGUGCCUCUUAUGGAUGAAGUAAAUAAAAGCCCACGUAGGGCUGAAAUCCCGACAUUCCACCUCGAUUCCUCUUUAGGAAGAACUGAAAACCUGGAAGGCACCAACCUCCACAGAUCAUGUGUGUCUCCUGCUGAUGGAACCAGCAGCGAGAGUGAAGAGGAGGUCGUCUGCCCGAGAAAAAACAGGAAAAAACCCAACGUUUUGAAGUCUCCUGAUGUUCUGCAGGAUAGUGAUUUCGAGUCUCCCAUCCGGGCCAUCAGGAAGCGCCGGCACCCACUUAACGUGUCAGACAUGUCCAGUGAUGACAGCCUGGAUUUUCAUAAGAGCUCCAGAAGGAUCACAGGCAGCAGCUCAGCCGCCCCCAGCAAAAACCAGCACAAAAGGACAAAACACCAGAAGGUCAAGAGCAGUUUUGGGCACAAGAAUGCAGGAAGGCAGUUUUUAGAUGAAGAAGCUGAGCUGUCCCAGCAAGAUGCGGGUGAGGUUUCAUCUGAUGAGAGCGAUGAUGCAGAGGAUGAGCUGACCCCUUCACUUGCUCAGUUCCUGAAUGAUGACACAGAGGUCACCCAAGUGUUAAAUGACUGUGAGAUGGAGGGAGUUUACCUGAAGUCUGUGCGUAGCCCAGCUCUUGGCACUAGAUACAGGAUGGUUCCUCGUGAGUUCAACGCCGCAGCCAUUUUCUCCCAGGUUCCUGAGCAGGACCAGUCUUAUGCAGAAGACAGUUUCUGUGUUGGAGAGGAGGAAGAGGAAACUUGCAAUAAAAGCGAGUCCAGCGAGGAGGAAGUGUGCGUUAACUUUGACCUCCUAAACACUGACAGUUUUAGCAGUGGGAGGAAACAAUACCUCACCCGCCGCAGGAGGAAGAUCCAGCAGGCUGGGGUGGAGAACUGCUCUGUCCCAGGGCAGAAGAAGAAACCAUCCCGAAUUAUUGUCCUCAGCGAUUCCAGUGGGGAAGAAACAGGUGUCAGCAACGAGAAGCCCAUAGAAACAGACUGUCUCAGGGUGGAACAGGGAAAUGCAAAGUUACCCAAGUCGUUGCCUUCAGUCUCUUCUGCACAGCACAAAAAACUUACUGGGCAAACCAGUGCUCAUCAGUGUGUGGAGGGUAAAAGGGAGACGCUUCUCGACUUGAAAGCUUCGGUAUCUGAAAUGCUGGAUUUUCACCCAGAGCAUCAAGGGAGGAUCACACACCUUCCCCUGGCUGGCACCAGUUCUGACGUGGGCAAGCAGAAUCUCCAGGCUCCCACUGAGCAUUUGCAGGUGGGAAGUUCCCUGAAGAGCAGCUGCUGGAGCACUUCAGUUCCACCUCGUUCGGCUUCCACACCCCUUCCUGCGGCUACAGCUCCGCUUUCGGGUGCCCCUGGGGAGCAGAAGCCUCCGCUGUGCAUCUUGGCAGACAGCAGGGAGAUCAGCUCGGGAGUGGAGGUGAUCUCCUCGCUGAAGGCGGCGCACGGCGUGAAGGUGCAGGUCUGCUCGCUGGGCAGCAGCCACUACAUCGUCAGCACCCGCAUGGCCGUGGAGAGGAGGCUCCUCUCCGAGUUGCUCAGCUCUGGGAAUAGGAGCAAAGUGGCCGAGCGGAUCCAGCGCCUGCAGAGCAUGUUCGAGAGGAUCUGUGUGAUUGUGGAAAGGGACAGGGUUAGAGCAGGAGAAACGUCGCGCAUUCUCCAGCGAACACAGUACUACGACAGUCUGCUCGCAGCCCUGGUCCAGGCUGGGGUCCGAAUCCUUUUCAGCUCCUGCCAAGAGGAAACUGCAGGGUUGCUGAAGGAGCUGGCUCUGGUGGAGCAGAGGAAGAAUGCUGCCAUCACUGUGCCAACCGAGGUGGAGGGUCACAGGCGGGAAAUGCUCAACUUCUACUUGAGCAUUCCUGAUCUCAGCUACCUGGCUGCUCUCAACAUGUGCCAUCACUUCAGCUCCGUGAAGAUGAUGGCCAACAGCUGCCCCCGCACCGUGGCCGCCGCCGCCCGCAUCAGCCCACACCAGGCCGAGGGGAUCUGCCGCUACCUGCGCCACGGCUUCGAUGUCGCGCUGCUGCCCGAGAGCUGCUGCACCGCAGGCAGGAGGAGUGCUCCAGCCGCCCCCACCUGAGACACGCUGUGCCUUGGGACUCACCCAGCCUGUGGGCUUUUAACUGCACUUUACCACGUUCUGAGUCACUGUAAAAUAUGUAAAUAAAUCCUUGCAGCACCAUCAGUGCUUUUGGGAGGUUGCAGCGCCCUCCGUCUGUUCCUCGGGUGAGCACUGUC